GAAACAAGAGGAAACCCUAGAAAUCAAUGUUAUCAUUGGUGGUUUACGUCAUGUCGUGUUACUCGAAUAUAUUAAUAUGAACAUGCACGAGCGAAAGCUUUGUGAUUUAUGCUGUGAUAUUUGCACAAAUGUUCUCCUUUCGGCAGUCCAUAAUAGAGAUAUUAAGGGUGAUAUCUCAUUCUAUCAGGACUCCCAAGGUGCGGUAUGGAUUACGGGUACGUACCAAUGGGGAUUUCAGAGCCCAGAAACUUGGACUUACGAUUGGACUAUUCAAAACGGGUGCAAAAAUGUCGUUUUUAAUCUCACCUCUUAUCUCCAUACGGAAUACGCUAAGAAUAGUGAUUGUAAUGGUUAUCCUUCUGAUAAUAAAAAAUCAAAUUCAUUAAGUUAUAAAAAUAGAGGUCUUCUUUAUAAAAGAAUUGAUAAAUUAGAUACAUGUGAAAUUGGAGAAUGGGGAACUAAGCCAUGGGUAGUUAAGAUCGAAGGAUUGACCUGGGAUUGCAAUAAUGAUGGGUUUAAAUAUCAAACCUGUGAUCAAGACUUAUAUAAUAAUAACUUUACCUGCGAUAAUUCUCCUGAACGACUUAGUGGUCAAGGUCCAGCUACUGGCACGUAUCUUGUCAUUAAUGGUAAAAGUAAUUCAGGAAGUUCAAGUAUUACAUCUAGUGCUCCAAUUGCUAUAAUUAACGGCGAAGGUUGUACACCACAACCACCAGCACCGCCAGUAGCCCCACCAGUUGCCACACCACCAGCACCACCGGUAGUUCCACCAGUUGCCACACCACCAGCACCGCCAGUAGUUCCACCAGUUGCCACACCAGCAUCCCCGCCAGUUGCCACACCACCAGCACCGCCGGUGGUUCCACCAGUAGCCCCACCCAUUCGAACACCCCCUCCACCACCACCCACUAGAACACCCCCUCCACCGCCCACUCGAACACGCACUCCAACUACUCCACCUACUCGAACACACACUCUAACUCGAUCACACUCUCUAACUCGAUCACACUCUCUAACUCGAUCACACUCUCUAACUCGAUCACACUCUCUAACUCGAUCACACUCGCUAACUCGAUCACACUCGCUAACUCGAUCACACUCUCUAACUCGAUCACACUCGCUAACUCGAUCACACUCUCUAACUCGAUCACACUCUCUAACUCGAUCACACUCUCUAACUCGAUCACACACUUCAAAACCCACUUCGACAUGUCCCACUUCAAAACCCAUUUCACAUCAUUCUCCCACUUUACAUCAUUCUCCCACUUUACAUCAUUCUCCCACUUUACAUCAUUCUCCCACUUUAUAUUAUUCUCCCACUUUACAUCAUUCUCCCACUUCACAUCCUUCUCCCACUUCACAUCCUUCUCCCGCUUCACAUCCUUCUCCCGCUUCACAUCCUUCUCCCACUUCACAUCCUUCUCCCAAUUCAGAAGGAUAUUAUAAAAAAUUGUCAAAUAGCCAAACUACUGCUUCGGGAAAGCCGCAAAAUAAAGAAGAAACGCAACAAGGGCAAAAUUCACCACAAAAGCCUUCGCCUUCGGUAGCACAAGGACAGCAACCUAAAGAAACGCAACAAAUGCAAAAUUCACCACAAAAGCCUUCGGUAGCACAAGGUCAGGAACAAAAUUCACCACAAAAGCCUUCGGUAGCACAAGGUCAGGAACAAAACUCACCACAAAAGCCUUCAGUAGCACAAGGACAGAAACAAAAUUCACCACAAAAGCCUUCGCCACCUGUAGUUCGCACUUCGCACUAUCACACUCCGAUCCCUCCCACUGGUGUUCACACUGGUGCUCACACUGGUGCCCACACUCCGAUCCCUCCAACUGGUGCUCACACUUCGAUCCCUCCCACUGGUGCUCACACUUCGAUCCCUCCCACUGGUGCUCACACUAGUGCCCACCCUCCGAUCCCUCCCACUGGUGCUCACACUUCGAUCCCUCCCACUGGUGCUCACACCGGUGCUCACAUUAGUGCCCACCCUCCGAUCCAACCCACUGGUGCUCACACUUCGAUCCCUCCCACUGGUGCUCACACCGGUGCUCACACUCCGAUCCCUCCCACUGGUGCUCACAUUCUCACUCCAUAUCCCACUUCGAAUCCAUAUCCCACUUCGAAUCCUUAUCCCAAGUCGGCAUAUCAUCACAUAGAAGAAGAAGAUUAUUAUCGCUCCGACAAUGCAACUUCUGAAGAAGGAGGUCAUCAUCAAAACGACAAUGCAAAUUCUGAAACAACAUAUCACAAGUAUCCAGUGAGCAAAACUUCCGCUUCGAAUGGAGAUCACUCAGAGAAAGAAAGGCCUUUUGUAACACCAAAACCUACAGUAGCAAAUCAGCCACACCAUUCAAUACCUACAGUACUAAACCAUCCGAUUUGA